AUGAGGUAUGCGCGGCAUGUGUCCCCGCUUUUCACGAGCGCGGCGUUUGUCAAAACGCUCACGUUUCCCGCGCUUCCGGUCGGCGGCCAUUUUGAAAAGAUGCGCUUCCGCCGUCCGGCGGCGUUGCUGCCCUCUAAUUCGGAAGCUGCGGCGCGGCCGGUUCCGGCGCAAAAUGCUAAGAAGGGAAGGAGGUCUCAAGUCGACCGUAUAUUUGGUAGGGCCACGCAGCCGCCUUGGCUGUUGCACGAAUGGGCAGGCUCGUCCGGCACGCCGAAGACGGCGGGAAAAAAGCGCCAAGUAGAA